AGACCACGGACUGUGAUGAGAUCCGCAUUUAAACUGUAUCGUAAACCUGUCUGCCUAUGAACUAUGAAGUAACGUGUCGUGAAAGUCUGCCGUCUCCUACUCUCAUUUCCGUCGUAGAGGAGAAGAAUUCAACUGCAGAAAAUGGUGGUGAAGAAGUUCUCUGUCCGCCACAAUGGAUCCACCUUCGACGUCGACUGCGACACCGAAGACGGCUUCGAAAUCUUCAAAUUCCAGCUCUUCUCUCUUACCUCCAUUCCACCUGAUCAACAAAAGAUAGUGGGGGUUGGUGAUGGUCAGGCUGUACCAGAAGAAGCGGAUUUGGCAUACAUUUCAGAAAAGCUCCAAUUGGUGUCCAUUGAGGACGGAAAUAAAACGGAGAAAGAAAGGACAGGGCUUGAGUUUGCUAAAUCCGAUGAAGAAUUAGCUCGGAUUUUGCAGGCCGAGGAAGAUGCAUUUAUGAUGCAGCAAGAAGUUAAGAGUAAAAACAGUACAGAAUUUGAGCAAAAGAUACGGCCUUACAUUGACCAAGUUCUACUGUAUGAGGACCCAUGGAAGAAGGAAGCUGCUCGUAAGUCAGUACCUACUGAGAAUCUCAAGGAGAAAGCAUUAAUUUCAUUGGCCAGGGAGGGAAACUUUGAACCAACAAAAAAUGAACAAGAGCAUGCUUUCCUGCUGCAGCUUCUAUUCUGGUUCAAAAAAUCAUUCCAGUGGGUAAAUGCGCCUCCUUGUGAUAGUUGCGGUAAUGAAACUAGCAAUGAGGGCAUGGGCACUGCAUACCCUUCAGAACUGCAAUUUGGUGCUUCACGAGUUGAACUUUACCAAUGCCAUUCUUGCUCAAAGGUGACCCGAUUUCCUCGAUACAAUGACCCGAUGAAGCUCCUAGAAACAAGGAAGGGGCGAUGUGGGGAGUGGGCCAAUUGCUUCACACUCUAUUGCCGAGCUUUUGGUUUUGAAUCACGCUUGAUUUUGGACUUUACAGAUCAUGUAUGGACAGAGUGCUUCUCACAAUCCAUGGGAAGAUGGAUGCAUCUUGAUCCGUGCGAUGGAAUUUAUGACAAUCCAUUACUGUAUGAGAAAGGGUGGAAAAAGAAAUUAAACUAUGUGAUAGCUAUUGCCAAAGAUGGAGUUUAUGAUGUUACUAAGCGUUACACAAGGAAGUGGCUUGAGGUUCUUUCUCGGAGGAACAUAGUUACAGAACCUCUACUCUCUGCUUGUAUCCGUAACAUAACUACAGAAGUACGGAAAGGUUUAUCCUUCGAAGUGCUCUCUGCUUUGGAAGAACGUGAUAGGCGUGAAGCAGAAACCAUCGAGAGAGAUUUAUUAAACUUUAAAGAUGAUUCUUCAAUGUCCUUGCCCGGAAGAUUAAGUGGGGACAAAGAAUGGCGUAUAUCGAGAUCUGAAGCUGGCUCUGAUGAAAAUUCAUCCUUAAGCUCUUUAUAUUGUCCAGUUCGUAGAUGUGUAGAUGUACAUGUUACUGAGGUGUACAAUGCAUUCUCUCCAAUUUUCUCUAAGCUAGUUGAGGACUUUGCCUCUAAAAGUGAGGCUAUCGAAGUAUUUGGGGUUUUCAGAAAGAUAUUAGUUGAUCUCAAGAAUUCCCCUUUCAGAAACAGAAGAACUUCUUUAAAUCCUGCUUCAGAUAGUAUCCGACAUUUUGUCGAUAAGAUGCUUCCAUCUUUUGGUCAAUUACUUGAAGCUUUAUCAUUGAAGAGUGGUUUAGGCAUAAGUGGAAGGAUAGACAUAUUUUUAGCUGCUGAUCCUGUGAGGACGUCAAUUGCACUGCCCGUAGUAUUUCAUGCUUUGGAUGAUGUGAUCUAUAAUGUUAGUGUGUGUAACAAACUUGAUAAAGAUUCACUUGUGUGGCCACUUUUGAAGUUAAACCGGCUGUGUUCUGGUUUAGUGCGUGCUAGUGGGGAGGAGCUACCUUUUGGAAUUGCCUCCUCUGCAUUUGAUGGAACACGCUUGUCAAAGUGGGAAGAACCAAAUGGGGCAACAAGUUGUUGGAUUGUAUAUCAAGUUAAUGGAGAACAAAAGCACGAGCUUAUUGCUUAUGAGUUCAUGUCAGCUAAUGAUGCUCCAGAAAGAGAUCCAAGGGACUGGAUUCUUGAAGGAAGCGCAAAUGGAGGAUCAAGUUGGCAUGUUUUGGACAAACAAACAUCUCAGAUAUUUAACAAGCGUUUUGAGCGAAAAGUAUUUACUGUCAAAUCACAAAGUUUCCUGGCAAAUGCUUUCAGGAUAAGAUUCCUAGCAGUUCGAGAUGGGAAGGCAACCCCACGGUUUCAAGUUGGCAGUAUUGAUCUCUAUGCUAGAUGCAAUUAAAAUUGAGAAAAUUGCCCCUUGUAUAACCAAAGCAUUGUGUGUUGUCCCAAAAUAUGACUUGUAUCUUUUUUUCCUAAAGGAAUGCCAAAUAACAUGGACCAUAGUCCCAUACCGCUGAGUGUUUCCUUUUUCUUUUUUCAUUCCAUACAUAUUUAAUGUUUCCUUGUUCUCUAAUGUAUCGAUCCAUGUUAGCCGACCCCAAUAUCUUUUUAGACUAAGGCUUGGAUGUUGUUGUAUUCCAUACAUAUUUAAUCAUAUAUCGAGAAAGAAACAUCCAUGGUCAUAUCGUAGGAA